AUGAAUUUCCUAUCUAUUAAUGCGCGAGGGAUUGGGGGGCCGGUUAAGGAAGGAUGGAUCAAGGGUUUAAAGCUUAAAAAUAAAGUGGAUUUCCUUAUGAUUCAAGAAACGAAACUUUCGGAUCUCUCAAAGUUAAAUGUUAUGAAAUUUUGGGGGAAUCAAGAUUAUGGUACUGAAGUUGUCGAGGCAACGGGUUUGUCUGGGGGCUUAUUGUGUAUUUGGGAUAUUGGGAUCUUCGAGAUUUCAGGUCAUGUGAAGAACAGGAAUUUUCUUAUGGUGAAUCGGACUAUUAAAGGUUCUCAACUGAAGAUUAACAUUAUAAAUGUUUACGCUCCCCAGAGAACGGCGGAUAAAUUGUGCUUGUGGAAUAAGAUUAGAGAAGUGAUGAAUGGGGUCGAUGGUAUGUGGGUUAUCGCUGGAGAUUUUAAUGCUGUCCGAAGCCAAGACGAACGAAAAAAUUCUAGCUUUAAAAAUGUUUGUGCCAGGAACUUUAACGAAUUUAUUUUUGAAGAGAACCUCAUGGAAUACGACCUAAAGGGCAGGAAAUUCACGUGUAUAAGGGAUAAUGGUAGGAAGAUGAGUAAGAUUGACCGGUUUCUCGUGUGCCAGAAUUUUUUUAAUCACUGGCUGGACGCAUGUCUGAGAGGUAUGUCGUUCUCCCACUCCGAUCAUUGCCCCUUGUUACUUACAGUAAAUAGGAAGAAUUUCGGAGCAAAACCAUUCAGAGUUUACAACUCUUGGAUGGGGAUGAGCGGGUUCCGUGAGGUGGUGGAAAUGGCUGCCAACUUACAGGAUGAUGGAAAUUAUCAACCUGACAUUAAACUGAUGAGGAAAUUCCAUAAGAUUAGAGAUGCUAUUAAGGAAUGGAGAUUAGAGGUAUCUAAAAAGGAGGAGGAGGCGGUGUUAAAAGCGAAAGAAGAAUUAGAGGAUUUGGAGAAAAUUAUGGAGGAGCGGGAUCUUAGUGAUGUAGAGGAAUGGGAGUUAGUGGAAAACAAAAAUGUGAUGAUGAAUUUCGAAUUCAAUAAAUGUGACGACAUGAAGCAGAAAUCUAGGAUAAAGUGGGCGAUCGAAGGCGACGAGAAUACUAAAUUUUGCAUUCUCAUGUCAACAUUAGGCGGGCUUCCAACCAGAUUCCGGGUCUAA